AUGGACAAGUCGUGGAAGCACUUCAGCACGGGUGCCGUGUCUGGAGGGCUGUCUGCCAUCGCGUUCCAGCCGCUGGACGUCAUACGGACUCACCAGCAGGGCAAGUUUGGCUCGGAGGUGCACAAUGUCCGCCAGAGCGUCCAAUUUCUGCUUGCAGAGAACGGCGUGCCAGGCCUAUGGCGGGGCACCACACCCACGUUGCUGCGAGUAUGUGGUGGUGCAGGGCUGUAUUUUGGGAUGCUGGAGCAACUUCAGGUGCAGAAUCGAGAUGCCGUGUCUGCGUUCUUGGGCGGGGCUCUCGCGCGAUCGUUCGCGGGGCUCGUGAUGUCGCCCUUGACCAUUGUGAAGGCGCGCAUGGAAUGGGAUGCGUCCAACCGAAGCAUCGUGGCGCAGUUUCGAUCCCUCGUGGCUACGUAUGGCUGGCAAGGCUUGUAUCGAGGGGUAUGGCCCACAUUGCUGCGAGAUGUGCCGUUCUCGGGGCUGUAUGUGACGUUGUACACUCGUUUGAAGAACACGGUCGGCGGCGACAACUGCGUCCACCACCCCGUGGCUGUCAACUUUAGCUGCGGCGUCGUCGCCGGCGUCUCUGCGACCGUUCUCGUCCAUCCAUUCGACGUCGUGAAGACCCGCAUGCAGCUAGAAAUGAACGGCAUGACCGUGCGAGCCACGAUGGCCAAGAUGUUUGCAGACGAAGGCGUGCGCGGGUUCCUGCGAGGGGUGCUACCACGAGUGUUCAAGCGGACGUUGGGCACGGCCAUCACUUGGACCAUGUACGAGUACCUGAGUACCAGCAGCAGUCGCACGCGAACAACCGUGACGGCAACAACGUAGUCGUCGUACUUAGAUAGAGAAAGAAGCACAAUAGUAUUCAGUGUCGGGUAAUAUACUGUACGUACGUACGUGGACAUC